UCUCUUUCCACACUUUUGACUCAAAGUCUUAGUUAGUGUUGUUGUAAAUCACACUUCACACUACUACUUCAGAUUUAGUUAGUUAAUGUUGUGACUAGCCAAACAUACCCACCCCACCCAACACAUUUUUUGUUCUCUUCUUUUUCACUUUCACUCCCAUCUCAUGUGCCAAAAUAACUGCAUCAUAUUCAUAGUCAUACAUUACUACAACCACUUCAUUUUCUAUCUUUGUCUUUAGAUCUCUCCUAUCUCUCAUCUUCAUCAUUUCAUUUCACACAAACACUACUUUCAUGGCUGAUACAACCAAGUAUGUUCCUAUAGGUGGUGGAACUACUAAUGGCAACUUACACAAACUAGACUUCAAAAACAUCUUCACCAUUCUCAAAACUAAAACUACUCUUGCUUUUGUUUAUGCUUUUAUGCUUGUUUUCAUUGCUUUCACUCUUUUCUUAGCUUUUUCACCUUCUCCAACAAUAUCUACAACAACACCAUCUUCUUCUACCUCUCAAUUUUCUUCCAUUUUUUCAUAUUUUUUUCCUAAUACAACCACUUUUUCACAACUAAAUAAUACCACCGAUCUUGUUCAUCCUUUUGAUCCAUUUCAAAAUAACACUUCUAUUACUAGAUCUACCAAUGUAACUUCUCAAUCUCAUAAUCCAAACACAAGUGAAAAAACUAUCAAUAGUAACAUAACCACUGUACAAAAUUCAUCACAUGAUGCAGUUCCUGUUCAAUCUCCGAUUCCAAGCAAAAACAAUACUUCAAUCACCAAACCCACUUCACAGAUUGUGAAAAAGCAACCAUCUUUAGUCACAAAUCACACAUCAAAUUCUGAUGAAACUAAAGUUAUGAAGAACUCAAAUCAAACUACAAAUGCUACUGUUGAAGGAGUUCCAAUUGUCCCUAACAAGAAUUUGAGUUCUGAUUCUUCAUUGAAAGGUGUUGAUUUGCAUAAUUACACUGCUUCACUUGCUAGGAAACAGAACAAUGGAAGCAACAAAUAUGCAGAGUUGAUGGAGUCAUUGAUGAAGUGUGAUUUUUUUGAUGGUGAAUGGAUUAAAGAUGAUUCUUAUCCACUUUAUAAACCUGGUUCUUGUUCAAUAAUUGAUGAACAGUUCAAUUGUAUUAGAAAUGGAAGACCUGAUAAAGAUUAUCAGAAAUAUAAAUGGAAACCUAAGGGUUGCAGCCUUCCAAGAUUGGAUGGACAUAGAAUGCUUGAUUUGUUGAGAGGCAAGAGAUUGGUUUUUGUUGGUGAUUCUCUCAAUAGGAAUAUGUGGGAAUCACUUAUUUGUAUACUAAAGAAUUCUGUGAAAGAUAAAAAGAAAGUUUAUGAAGCAAAUGGAAGAGUCCAUUUUAGAGGGGAAGCCUCUUAUUCAUUUGUAUUUAAGGAUUAUAAAUUCUCUGUGGAGCUUUUUGUGUCACCAUUCUUAGUUCAAGAGUGGGAAAUGCCUGAUAAAAAUGGGACAAAGAAGGAAACACUUCGUCUUGAUUUAGUUGGUAGAUCUUCAGAUCAGUAUAAAGAUGCAGAUAUCAUUGUCUUCAAUACUGGCCACUGGUGGACUCAUGAUAAAACUUCUAAAGGGAAGGACUAUUACCAAGAAGGUAGCCAUGUCUAUGAUGAAUUGAAUGUUCUUGAGGCGUUCCGAAGAGCUAUAACAACUUGGGGCAGGUGGGUUGAUGCUAACGUAAAUCCAACCAAGUCCAUAGUCUUGUUUAGAGGCUAUUCUGCUUCCCAUUUCAGUGGUGGACAAUGGAAUUCGGGUGGACAAUGUGACCAUGAAACUGCGCCUAUUGAUAACGAGAAGUACCUAACAGAGUACCCGCCUAAGAUGAGGGUACUGGAGAAGGUGCUUAAGAAUAUGAAAAAUCCUGUAUCCUACCUGAAUAUCACUAGGAUGACAGAUUUUCGGAAGGACGGUCACCCCUCGAUAUACCGGAAGCAAAAUCUAUCACCUGAAGAAAGAAAAUCACCGUUGAGAUUCCAAGACUGCAGUCAUUGGUGCCUUCCCGGUGUUCCUGAUGCGUGGAAUGAAAUUCUCUAUGCUGAACUUCUAAUGAGAGAGUACCGAGAUAAGCAUCAGCAGAAGAGAUCAUAGGCGUAGGAGGAAUGAUAGCAAGCAUCAGUGAAGAUGGGAUAUAUAAUUGACCUAUGAAGAAACGUUAUCAGUUGAAUACCCAAAAUUCUAUGGGGAAAAUUGGAUAGAAAACAUAAUGAUAAAGUUACAAAAUCAGCACCAACAUGUUAGUCCAAGUGCUAAGGGACUGCGUGCCUAACCGAUUCUCCAAUAGAAGUAUUCUUCCAUGUAAUUUGUUCCAAACUUAUAAUAGCUUCAUAUUCUGAAGAUGACAGAAGACCUUUUUUUUUCCAAGAACAUGAUAGCAAAUUCACCAUUAAGCCAUGGUUAGAGUUAGCAAAUUAUAUGUAUUCAAUGUUUGAUUAUACCUUUAACCCACUAACUAUGAAUAAUGCAAUGCGGUUUUUUUA